UUGGUGCUGUAUUCUAUAGGAAAAACACAUCCUUCAGCAAUGGACAAGAUUUACACAGACCCUAACAUGGAAAAUGAUAACACGGAGCACAUUAGAGGGAAGCGACUGUCCUCUAUUUUAAAGGCUCCACGAAAUCCUCUGGAUGAUUUGGGAAAUGGAAAUGAAAUUACCCAGGACAUCCACGUGGAGAGACGCAGGAGGAGCUCGCGCAGGGUCAGCUUCGCCAACACCAUCGACUGCAGAGUCUUCCAAAGAGAUCUUAAGAACAGCACAUCAGAGACAAAAAAUACAGGGUGUUCAGCAGAUGGGAAUGAUGAUACCUUGAAAAAUGAGAAUGAAGACCCUGAGGUUGUUCCAUGUGAGAUCACUGGGAUGAGCACUUUGCUUCAUGCCCCCAUCCAGGCCUUGGGGCAGCAGACUGAGUGGCAUGACGAGGACCAUGGGGCUCCAAGGACGGACAGGAUGGACACCACCCUCCUCUUCUCGGAGGAGAACGAGAUGGAGAUGACAGCCAGUCACACAGCCGUGAUCUCACGGAACCUCAGAGCCCCCCAGCCUGACAGAACCGAGAAAAUCGACUUCAACUCCUUCCUGGCUAAGCUCAACUCCAGCCAGGGGAAGGCAGAAACCAGCAAGGAGCUGAGUUUGCUCUCUGACCCCACAAACCAUCCGGGCCUGUCUUUGGAACAGAAGGAAGAAGCCACUACUGUGAAAAAAAUAGAUUUUGGUGAAUUUCUGCUGAGGCUGAAGUCACACAAUCCUGCUGAGACACCUGACAAGGACAAUGUUUUCUGUGCCCCUUCCCAAGGCUCGGGAGACCUGACACGACUGUCUGAGGAAUUUGGGUAUUCCCAUGAGCCACCCGACACCUGCAAUGUGACAAAAGUGUUCCGAGGCCGGGAAGGUGGGAUGGAGAUGACAAAAUGUGAGGCGGCUGAUGUUAAAAUUCCCUUCCCUGGCGUCAGGGAGGUUCCAGCAGAGCAGUGGGAGUGUGCAGAUGUCACCGAGGCCUUUGCAGACGAGGGCAUGGACGUGACAACCAGUCACACUGCAAAGGUCUCCUUUGCUCUCUCCACUGUUGGGAACCAAAGUCUCAACUUCCCAAAGGAUUUCCCACCCACACAGAUAGGUAGCUCUGUGUUCAGGAGAGCAUCUAACCAGAACUUAAAUGUUCAGCAGGACCCUCAGCUUUGUGCAGACAGAAAAACAGCAAAUGCUGAAUGCAGAGGAGACCCCGCAGUGCUGCGAGCUGGGAAACAGGAGGGCAGGGCAUUGUCUGCCAUCCAGGGAUCUGUUUCAUCCGAGACCGUCUUCAGAGGGGACAAAACUGUUGUGUUUUCCAAGAGUGAUGACAUGGAAAUGACUGGGAAUUACACAGACAUCAUCUAUAUGGCCAGCACCACGGAAGAGGACAGUUCAUGCCAUAAAACCUGUGAAAAGCCAGUGAGCACCAACCCUCCGCUCACAGGGAGCAGAUCCUCGGCAUGUGGCAGCAUCCCAAAGGGUCUGGCACCUGGAGAUAAUCCUGCUGCUGAGCCCUAUAAAAUCAGUGCACUUGAACUGUCUUCAGCCUCAGGGGGACACAUGGGAAACGUGUCCCAGGCUCGUGGUCCUGCUGCAGCCAGCACUGGGUUUGGCUCACAUACGCAGCUGGUGGCUGGCAGUGUUCUGAAGAGCAGGUUUGAUCCCUCUGCAAACCCCCAGCUUGUUUUUUCAGGUGAGAAGACAGUAAUAUUCGCAGGAGAAGACAUGGACUUGGCUAAAACCUGUGUUAAGGAUGGUGGAAUGAGUGUUGAUAAUGAACAUGACGCUGCAGUGUUCACCUCUGUCACCUGCAAACCUCAUUUCCUGGGUAACAGAUCCAUGUCUUCCAAUGUAACUGAGCAGGAAGAGAUGGAAAUAACAAGAUGCCACACUGUUUUCUUUGAUGGCCAAAGCAGUGGGAUAACAGCAGAACCAAAACAAAUGCCCUGUAAAACCAUUCCAAGAAAGAACCAGAACAAAAUUGUCACUGAGGGUGACAUAUCUGCAUAUUCUGUAGAUAUGGACAAGGAAAAUGUUGACGUGAGGAAUAUUGAUGGGAAUAUUAAAAAGAGCCAAGCUAUUGAAAGGAAUGCUCAAGAUACUCGGAUGAUAGUGGUUGAUAAGAAGCUUGGAAAAACCAACUUCCAGGCAAGUGAUCAGAAUUCCUGUGCCAAGAACAUGUGUUUGUUACAAGAGCAGAACAGAGGAGUCCCCAAGAAUGUUGUCGUUAACACCAGUGCAUCCCUGUCUCUGCAAAGCCAAGGAGCUGUAUCACAGCCUCUGGAAAAAAGCCUUUCAGAUUUCUGCACAAAUGACACAACACACGUGUUUCUAGGUGAUCAAAGCAUGGACAUAACCAAAGCUCAUCCUGCUGCCUUUGAGGUUGCUCCUGUUAACACUGAACAAGAAUCCAGUAAUGAUAAUCAAAGCACUGCACUAUCCAAGCAGCUGCAAAACCAGCCCUUCCCCUUUUCCAGUCGUCGUGGCGUGGACAUCGAGCUGCAAAACCAGCCCUUCCCCUUUUCCAGUUGUCGUGGCGUGGAUAUCAUGAGUCAAACUGCAGCAAUGGAAUGUGAGGACUUGAAAAUGAACACCAGUAAGCAAAUUGUUACUGUUUUGGCUCCAAGUGGUUCAUUUUCUUUCAGUAACAAUCCUGCUCCCUCUGGAAUGACAGGAAAUCAACAGUUUAGAACAGGAAUAGGAAUAAAUGCAGACAGCCAAAACUCAGAGAAGCAAGAGAAACCUGUGAGAGCACUAAGCAAAAUAGGAGACUCUGACAGACAUUUUUCCAUGGAUAAAACAUGUUCUUCAAGAGAGGAUUUUAAAACUGCUCCCUCAGCUCAUGGGCUGCUCCAGAGGGGUGAGGAAGAACCAGUGUGGGCCAGGACAUCUGAGGCACCCAAGGGAAGUUCCCAGCUGUCUUUCUCUGCGGAAAAGUCUGUUGCGCUUCCCUGCGGUGAAAACGUGGACACGAUUGGCAGGUGUGUGCUGAUGGUUCCAGAUAACACCAUCAACGUUUUGUCACAAAGCAAAGCAGCACCUGGAUGCUUUGAUCAAAGUGGGAAUGAAACAAUGUCCUUACAAAAAGAGGCCACGAUGACAGCGCCGGCAGAGCGGGGUGGGUGGGAGGCUGCAGGUGGCAGAACCAUCAGUUUUGCUCCAGCUGAGGAUAUGGAGAUCACCACCAGUCACCCAGCACAGCACAGACAGCCCAUCCUAGCCAUUCCUGCUGACAAAACCAUCGUGUUUGCCCAAGGCCAGGAGGACAUGGACAUCACUGCGUCCCACACCAUUGCUGUCAGUAAGAACAUCUGUGGGUUUGAGAGCCAGCAGCCACCACAGCAUGUGCAAGGUGGGUUGGUGCCCUGCAGAGAUGAAAUGGAUUCCUCACAGCAUGCCACAGAACCUAAGGAUAAGCCCAGCAUUCCCUCUUCUGCUUCGUCAGACUCAGCAUUUCCUAGUGAGAGAGGAGCUACCCAGGUUCCCAGUGGCACAAAAACAAAUUCCAUUUAUUCUGUCUCCCUUCAAGAAAGUCCUGUGGGUGUGGGGGCACAGGAUCAUGGCCUUCCCACAGAUAAUUCUGUCCUUGUAAGCAGGGAGCAGGAUCUCACACCACCAGAAAAACUGCAGUCAAAGGGAGUAUCUUUCGAGUUCCCAAGUAAGGGCCCUGUGGAUCACAGGGAAGAAAGUGGCAGUUUGGGAUCCAGUGUUGCCUUUCCCAUGCAGGGAUCAGAUCCUUGGAAGGAUCAUCCAGAUGCCCCUGGUACUCAGAGAAACCAGUUAGUGGAAGAGAAUUCACCUCACUGUGGAGAUUCAGAUUUGGGCUUGGCUGGAGCAAACCUCCUUCCAGCUGCUAACAAGGAAUCCAAGAAAAAUGAGGAGCUGUCAGCUGAAGGGGAGGUGUCUCCAAAAGACUUUCAAAUAAACUCUGAACAAACUAGGCCACCUUUGGUCAGUGAUGGUUCAGGGGAUCAGGCACAUCCAGCUCUUGCACCAGAAGCCUCACGUACUUUAGGUAUUUGUUCAAAAGUUCUAGAUAUGACAAGGAAAUCUGUUUCUGUUUUCAAAACUGCUUCUUCUGACCAGUUGCCCAGUUCCUCAGCUCAGCCAGAGGAUACCCUGAGGUUGGGAGAAAACACUGCCAGUGAAGCAAAUAACUUCUUUGAUACCAAAAAGCAGGAGAACACAGGUCUGGAAUCUGGAGCUGAUCCCAUAGGAAUGGCACCUAAGGAUAAAUAUCCAGGAAUAAAUAUCCCUCUGGGUAUAUUCCAGCCUAAAUUACCAAACAAGAGGAAUCGUGUUUCCAGUGCACAAGACAUAAAUACAAAAUCAGACAGAGUAGAAGCCCCAGCUCCAGCAAACACCAGUGAAACCCCAGGUAACAAGUCCAGCAGGAAGAACUUCAGUCCUUUUCAGUUCAUAGCAGAAGAAUUUCUCCCUGUGUGCCUGGAGGAAAUGGAUUCCAAUGAAUCUGUCAGCUCUGAACUCAUGGAAAACGCUUGGGAUGAUAAAAAUAAAGACCAAAUCCCCCACUCUGAAAAGGGUCCAUUUGAAGAGGCAAGAACUUGCAACAUGAAAAGAGCUUUAGGACACACUGAGGAGGAUCUACAAAGCCCAAAGAAGGCCAAGAGGGAUCAACAUGUGGAUGCUGGGGCCUCUCAGGACUUGGAGGACCAAGCAGAAGCUGAUGCAGCUGGAGAACCUCUAAAUCUCUCAGCUAAAAGUCCUGUGUGUCCUCAGGCCAGCACCAGCAGCUCCCUGGAUUCUGUGAAGGCUGACAUAGAGUCAACAAUCCAGCGCAGCAGUCAGAUGCAGUCCCAACUCCUCACAGACAGCAUUUGUGAAGAAAAUUUAUGGGAGAAAUUUCAGAGUGGUGCUAUCACAGUUGGGGAGUUUUUUAGCCUCCUUCAAGUCCACGUCGUGAUUCAGAAGCCCCGGCACAGCCAGCUUCCAGCCACUUGUGCAGUCAGUGCACCUCCCACUGCAGAGGCUCUCAUCUACAGCCAGUACGUUCACCGGCCCAAGCUGAGGAUUUAUGAGGAGGAUUGCCAGGACCUGUCUCAGAAAAUAGAGGAGUUAAAACCACACGUGACUGUCCUGGAUCAGCCCCUGGUGAACGUGAUCAGGAGUUUGUGGGAAGUAAUGAGGACCUGCACUGAUGAAGAGCUGAGUAUGUUUGGAGCAGAACUGAACAAGAUGAAAUCCUGUUUCACCAAGGAGGCUAAAAUCUUGUCUCACAAUGAGAAGGAGACAUUGUACAGGAAACUGCUGCAGAGUGCUGAGGAGCAAUACAAAAAGCUCCAAUCAAGAAUAGAAAAGGUGGAUGACUGGAUGAAGGAGGCAGAGAGCUCCGUGGUUGCUCUGGAAUCAGAUUCUUUUUGGGAUGAAGAGGAAGCUGGCUGCAGUGCUGGAACAGCAGGAGGGCAGAACGUACAGGAAGAAUUGCAAAGCAUCACAGCCCAAGAAGAGGAACUUCUGAGAGAACUGUCAGAGAUGGAUGCUGAGGAUGAGCUUGAUUUGGCUGAGAUGGAGAAGCUGAAGAAGAAUGAAAGGGCCUGCCUGGAAAUCCUGAAGAAAUAUGACUUCACUGAGUGGGAGUUGGUGGAAUGGAGUGAGCAGCAAGCUGUCUUUAAUUUUCUCUACGAUUCUGUGGCACUCACAGUCGUGUUUGGACCCCCAAUAGAUGGUGAAUUUUUCGCCGCACGUCCUUCCAGAAGCAUCGUUAGCCUGGACUUUGAAUCUUUCCUGGAUGAGGAACAAGCUCCACCCUCCUCGUGUUUAGUCCAAAAUCUCAUCUUCCAGUUUAUUGAAAGUCGGGGAAGCUGGCAGGAAAAGUGUCCUACACUGUGCUACUUGCCCCAGGCUCUCUUUGACAUCUCCUUGGUGGUGAAUCGCUGCAAAAUCUUGGGAGAGGAGUUGGAAUUUCUGCAGAGGUGGGGUGCAAAAUUCCAUCUCCUGGAGACAGAUAUCAAAGGCACAAAGGUGAAGCUUCUGUUCUCCUCUUCGGUGGCUUUUGCAAAGUUUGAGUUGACUCUGGCUCUCUCUCAUGAUUAUCCAUCUGCUGUACUUCCCUUCGGGGUCCAAACCCACAUUGGGAAUAUCGGGGAAAAGGAAGUUGCUGCUGUUCUCUCCAGAGUUCCAGCUGGACACCACUAUCUGCAGAGAAUAGUCAUCUCCAUCCAUCAGAAUCUGCUCCAGGGUCCCAGAUGAUCUGCUGCAUCCACAGGCAGGACUGAAGCAGUCAAAAUGGGUAGUCUGUGAGUCUAGUCUUAUGAGAAUUCCAGCUGUGUAUCCCUGAAAUGGGAAUGCUGUUACCCACUCAGCUCUAGUAUUCCUGCCCGUUUAGUAUCCUUGUGGCUUAGACCAAGUAGAAUGCUUGGUGUAGGCUACAAGUUUUACAAAAGCAGGGUGUCUAAAGAGAAGAAGGAAAUUCCUAGAUCCCUUGUAAGUUCAAGGUGCCUUUUGUCUUCUGUCAGUCACUGGUGGUCAUUCCUGGCACAGAUAGUCAUGACUGGAUACUCAUUCCAAGCAUGGAUAUUCUUCUGCUAUAGUCCAUAAAUUUUGUCACUUACAGAACUCUUUGACAAAGCAAUGAUGAGUGUGCUCUAAAUUAUUACAACUGGAAUUUACUUUUGCUGUUAUUUCACUACCACGUACAAUUCAACAGAUCCCACCACAUCCGGUGUUUAUCCAUUGCCUGGCACCUCUCCCAGGCCAGACCCUGUAUCCCUGCAUCUGAUUAAUUAACCAGUUAACCUGUAGCAAUUAACCCCAGUCACCAAAGUCAGAAACAUUUUUGGAAUUAAGGCUAAAAAUCCCUGUGCUUGCCCACAGACUUUGGGAUGCAGCAGCCUCAAAGCCAUCACUGUGAUUCUCUGUCCAGCACUAUCUCUGGGUGCUGGGGCACUGUCCCCGUUUGGAAUGCCAUGGAAUUUCAGCAAGGAGACUGAACUCCUUAAACUUGGGAGUAUGUGUGAGCUCUAGCCUGGUUUUGUGUAUAAUUUUGUGUAUUAUGUGAGUCUUGCUGUUGGAACUCGCCCUGACUGUGUUGCUGAGCCAAAGCACCAACCCUGGCUCAGCUCUCAGUUCUGCAGCUGCAAAUCUUUGUGCCCUGUAAAAUAUGUUGAAUUUAAAAAUGUUUUCCUGUAUUUUAGUGUUUAUAUAUUUUGUCUUUUUACAAAGUUUGCGUCUGUUUGAA